AUGUAUCGUCAAAUUAUCUAUUUUUUCUUUUUCAUUUGUAUAUACGCAAAUCUUGAAAAAAUAGUUUUUAUUGCUGCUCCUGAAACAUAUCAAAAACAAUCUUUAUCAGUUUUAUCUAUCUUAUAUACUUUGUCAAAAUCAUCUAGUUUACCUGCUCCUCCAACUUUAUCUUCAGCACUUUUUCUUAAUAACCCUCUUUCGUUACAGACACAAUUAGGAUUUAAUGAAAAUCAAACAGCUAUAGUAACAACACAUUGGUUUCAUACACAAUUACAUAUAGGUACUGUAUAUGAAAUCCGUGUUUGUUGGCCUGCCAGUUCUCCUGCAAAUAUUGAUAUUGCUAUUUUUCACGAUGUAAAAAGUAUAAAAUCAUCUGUUGCUACAUUUUAUAUACAAAUCACUUGUAAGGCUGCGUAUUUUUCACUUGAUCCCGCAGUGAUGAAUAAACAUCUUCUUCCUCUCCAUAUUAGUAAGCAUUAUCUGUGA